AUGAAGUUCCUCAAGGUUGGCCGUGUUGCCAUCAUCACCCGUGGCCGCUACGCCGGAAAGAAGGUCGUGAUCAUCCAGCCCGUCGACACCGGCAACAAGGCGCACCCCUACGGCCACGCCCUGGUCGCCGGCAUCGAGCGCUACCCCAGCAAGAUCACCCGCCGCAUGUCAAAGGCACGACAGGAGAAGCGGUCCAAGAUCAAGCCCUUCGUCAAGGUUGUCAACUACAACCACCUGAUGCCCACCCGUUACACCCUGGAGCUCGAGGGCCUCAAGGGCGCCAUCACCUCCGACACCUUCAAGGAGGUCAGCCAGCGCGAGGAUGCUAAGAAGACGGUCAAGAAGACCCUGGAGGAGCGGUACACGAGCGGCAAGAACCGAUGGUUCUUCACCCCUCUGAGAUUCUAG